GUGCAUAAUUUGGGCAGGUAGAACCCAGUACACCUUGUGUUGUGGAAUCAGCUGAUCAGUCGACUCCAGGCAUUCAGAUCUCCAUAGUUUUAGUUUUCCCGCAUUCUGUACAAUUAUAUUGACAAGCUUUAUGUACAGUAUACAAUAAUAACAAAGCUCAGAAUGCAUCUUGUGUUCGGAUUUAUAUUCUCUUCUUUUCUUAUUGGACAAACGUACUGCUGUAAUGAGGCAGUAUGUGCGAGUAUAGUUUCUAAAUGUAUGCUGCUUCAAUCCUGUAAAUGUGAACUACAACCAGACUGCACCUGCUGCAAAAAAUGUUUUGAAUGUUUAGACUACCUGUACAGUGAGUGUUGUUCCUGUGUGGAUAUGUGCCCCAAACCAAAUAUAACUAUUCACGAGCUCUCGAAGAAAUCCCACGUGGAGGAUUUAGUGGGAAACAGCCCACAGCUAUUCCAGGCCCUGACGAAUGAGAUUGACCAAUUAAACAGAUGGUCUAUAGUUACAUUCCCCAUCGACCUGCCCACCUCUUCCUCCUUCCAGCCUACCAGUAACAAGGUGGUCGUCAAGGACGCUGCCAAGGUUCUACAACAGUCCACUCUACCGGAUGACAGUCACGUGACAGUAAACUGUACAGUAGCGUACAUAGCUCAGUGUGUCAGCUGGAACAAAUGCAAAGCUUCAUGUAGAUCCAUGGGGGCGAGCUCGUAUAGAUGGUUCCAUGACGGAUGUUGUGAAUGUGUUGGUCAGGACUGUAUUAACUAUGGCAUCAAUCAAUCAAGGUGUACUGACUGUCCUAUCCUGGAGGACGAGGACGAGUUGACGGACGAGGAGAUGGAGGAGUUGGUCAAUAUGCCGGACUACGAGGAUUUAUCGGACCUCCCGACCUCGACUCAUCCUAAGAAAGCAAAAACAUAAUUUACCAAUUAUCAACAAUAUCUUAUUUCCAUGUAUUAUACUGUAAAACAAAUAAAAUUUUAUAAAACUGUUU